AUGGGAGGAGAUUUACGUCAUUUCAUCUCCCACGUUUCCCUCCUCCUCCUCUUUCUUUCCCUCCUCGCCGUCAAAACCAAUUCCUCUUUUACCCCUUCCGAUAAUUACCUCAUCGAUUGCGGCUCCUCCUCCGAAACAAAACUCCCCGACGGCCGGAAUUUCAAAUCCGAUCAACAAUCCGUCUCUUUCCUCCAAACCGACGAAGACAUCAAAACCUCCGUCGACUCAAUCCCAGUCUCCGAUCCCCUCCCCUUAUACCUAAGCGCCAGAAUCUUCGCCGGAAAAUCAACUUACUCCUUCUACAUUUCCCGACCCGGCCGCCACUGGAUCCGCCUCCAUUUCUACCCUCUCCCUCACCCUCUCCACAACCUCACCGACUCCGUCUUCUCCGUCACCACCGAAACCACCGUCCUCUUACACGAUUUCUCCCCCAGAGACUCUUCCUCAAUCGUCUUCAAGGAAUACAUAAUCUACGCCUCCGAGAAACUCUCUCUCUAUUUCAAACCCCACAAAGGCUCAAUCGCAUUCAUCAACGCCGUCGAGAUCGUCUCCGUCCCCGACGAGCUUCUCCCCGAUUCGGCUUCCUCUGUUCCUCAAGCUCCCGAUUUCAAGGGAUUAGGCAGCUUCUCUCUCCAAAUCACCCACCGGUUAAACAUCGGCGGCGAUUUAAUUUCCCCCAAAAUCGAUCCCCUCUCUCGCACUUGGCUCUCCGAUAAACCCUACAAUUCCUUCCCGGACGGAUCUCGAAACGUCACCGUCGACCCCAAAACCAUCACUUACCCGGAAGGCGGAGCCACGAGGCUGAUCGCUCCACAUCCGGUUUACUCCACGGCGGCGGAGAUGGCCGAUGCGCAAACCACGGAGCCUAAUUUCAAUCUCUCGUGGAGGAUGAGCGUUGACUCCGGUCACGAUUACUUCAUCAGGCUUCAUUUCUGCGACAUUGUGAGCAAAUCGCUCAACGAGCUCGUCUUCAACGUCUUCAUCAACAAGCUCUCUGCAAUCUCCGGACUCGACCUCUCCGCCAAAACCAACGCUUUAGGCACAGCUUAUUACACCGAUUUCGUGCUCAACGCCUCCGCGAUAACCAACGGUUCGAUCUUGGUUCAAGUCGGUCCGACUCCGAAUCUUCAUUCGGCUAAACCGAAUGCGAUUCUCAACGGUUUAGAGAUCAUGAAGCUGAACAACGCAGCCGGAAGUUUAGACGGACUCUUCGGCGUCGACGGGAGAUACAAAGGGCCUAGCGGCGGGAUGUCGUCGAAGAAGCUUGCGAUUGCCGGUAUCGGAUUCGUCAUGGGUCUAACCGCUUUUUUCGGGGUUGUCGUCUUGCUUGUGAGAUGGCAGAGACGACCUAAAGACUGGCAGAAACAGAACAGUUUCUCGUCGUGGUUGCUUCCUUUGCACGCAAGUCACUCGAGCUACAUCUCUAGCAAAGGAGGCUCGUCGACGUCGAGGCGGAUGAGUAUUUUCGGGUCGAGGAAGAGCAAGAGCAACGGUUUCUCUAGCUUCUUCUCGAACCAAGGGUUAGGCCGGUAUUUCCCGUUCACCGAGUUGCAGAUCGCGACGCAGAAUUUCGACGAGAAGUCUGUGAUCGGAGUCGGAGGAUUCGGGAAAGUGUAUAUCGGGGAAAUCGACGGUGGGACGCAAGUGGCGAUCAAAAGAGGGAGUCAGAGUUCGGAGCAAGGCAUCAACGAGUUUCAGACGGAGAUUCAGAUGCUGUCCAAGCUCAGACACAGGCAUUUGGUUUCUCUGAUCGGAUUCUGCGACGAGAACAAAGAGAUGAUUCUCGUCUACGAGUUCAUGUCAAACGGUCCUUUACGUGACCAUUUAUACGGCUCUAAAGAAAACGACCCUAACCCUAUACCUACCUUGUCCUGGAAGCAACGUCUAGAGAUCUGCAUCGGAUCGGCUCGUGGGCUACACUAUCUCCACACGGGUGCAGCGCAAGGGAUCAUUCACCGUGACGUCAAAACCACCAACAUUCUCUUGGACGAGAACUUGCUCGCUAAAGUCUCCGACUUUGGACUUUCCAAAGAUGCCCCUAUGGAGCAAGGGCAUGUGAGUACUGCGGUGAAGGGUAGUUUCGGGUAUUUAGAUCCCGAGUACUUCCGGAGACAGCAGCUGACUGAUAAAUCCGAUGUUUACUCGUUCGGUGUGGUGUUAUUCGAGGUUUUAUGUGCGAGGCCAGUGAUAAACCCACAGUUACCUAGAGAGCAAGUUAACUUAGCGGAAUACGCUAUGAAUUUGCAUAGGAAAGGUAAUUUGGAGAAAAUUAUUGACCCUAAAAUUGUGGGGACGAUUAGUAAAGGAUCGUUGAGGAAAUUCGUGGAGGCUGCGGAGAAAUGUUUGGCCGAGUAUGGUGUUGAUAGGCCUGGAAUGGGAGAUGUGUUGUGGAAUCUUGAGUAUGCUUUGCAGCUUCAGGAAGCGUCUGCUCAAGCUGAUUUGUCGGAGGAUAAGACUACAAUGAACAUUCAAAUGGAAUUUUCCGGCGAGGAAAUGCAGACUCAGACUCCGCCGCGUCCGUUGCCGUGA